GCAAAACUCUACGGUCCUUCACUUGGGCUCAUUUCUGAUCUAUAUGUAUCCUGGUUGUGAAUAGGAUAUAGACCAUCAUGGCUGAUAGCCAGGCGAACCCGUUGAUCUCAACCAAACCCUCCGACUCGGGCCUACAUGUUGUUCUCCAUCCUCUAAUCCCUCUCACUAUCUCUGAUUACGCCACAAGACAUGCCGCCCGACAGCAACGAGGCCCUAUUGUGGGUGCAUUACUAGGUCAACAACAGGGAAGACAAGUCAGCUUGGAGUAUGCAUUUGAAUGCCAUACAACGAAGGGCCAUAACGAUGAGACUCUCCUUCACUCCGCCUGGUUUGCUGAUAGAUUACAACAAUUCAAGGAUGUCCACAAAUCUCCAGCGCUUGACUUACUUGGAUGGUUCACUAUCACCCCUCCGACUGGCCCCUCUCCGUCUCAGCUCGGCAUUCAUCGACAACUGCUCCGUGAAUACAACGAAUCUGCCGUUCUCCUCGCAUUUCAUCCGUCCCAAAUAAACCAAACGUCGGGGAACGGGGCCAAGCUGCCUUUGACAAUUUAUGAGAGUAUCUUCGAAGGAGAAAAUAUUGUUGACGCAGAUCGGGCGAUGCAGUUGGAUGGUGAAGACCAUGGCGUACAUAUCCGCUUCCGCGAGCUUCCAUACUCAAUAGAGACUGGAGAUGCUGAGAUGAUUAGUGUCGACUUCGUGGCUCGGGGUGGUGGAAAUGCUAUGGCCAUUAAAGCUCAUGAAGAAUCGGCAAAGGCUGCUUCUGAAGAAGCACUCACAAAGAUUAACACCAAGAAAACAGGAAUAGAAAUCGGUGGUGAACUGGAAGACGAUGAUUCGACUGCAUUGUCUCUAGAGGAUGAAGACCUAAUCGCUAACUUCACAACCCGCCUUAAUGCCGUUAAAACACUCGGAUCUCGCAUACAUCUAAUCAAAUCCUUUUUAGAGAACCAUCGCUCAUCGUCAUUAGAGGAUAAUAUCAACCUAGAAAACAACAGACAAACAUCUGAAAGCCUAACAUAUUCCUAUCCAAUUCUUCGCAACAUCUCCUCUCUAAUUUCGGACCUCUCGCUCCUAACACCGCAGGAUGCGAAAUCAUUCGCAGUGGAGAGUCUAGCACAAGAGAAUGAUGUUGCGCUGGUGACACUUCUUGGAGAAUUGGGUAAUAAUGUCAAACACAUACGUGAGUUGGGCAAGAAAUUGUCAAUAGUGGAGAAUGCGAAGCAGAAUGUAGCGACUGGGGGACGCAAAGCUCAUUUGGCUUUACACUCUAGGCUUGACGAGGAGCGUGACAGUAUGUUUGGCAACAUUGGCUCCAGUGGGCUGGUUUGACAAUAUCCAUAGUAGUAUUCUCAAUAGUCUCAAAAAUCCCAUAGAUGAUAAUACUUUUAGCUAGUCAAAUCCAUCAAAUACGCUUUUAUAGCGUUAUGCUGCAUGCUUAUGA